UUCUCCGCCAGGUGUCGCUUUAUCAUUGGCUGGCCGCCUCCUUCCCCCUAAAUUUUCACUAUUUAAACCUCCCCCUUCACUGCGCCUUCACACUAUCGAAUCGGUUCGUCAAAGGCUGGCAUUUCUCGAAUCAAACUCCAGAUCUAUUUCUACAGGUUUUGUACUAUUUUAGUUCAUUAAAAUGUCACCAGUUGAGUCAUCCCGCGAGGAAAAUGUUUACAUGGCCAAGUUGGCUGAACAGGCUGAACGUUAUGAGGAAAUGGUUGAGUUUAUGGAAAAGGUGGCAAAGGCUGUUGAUAGUGAUGAGCUGACUGUGGAGGAAAGGAAUCUCCUCUCAGUGGCAUACAAGAAUGUGAUUGGUGCUCGUAGGGCUUCAUGGAGGAUCAUAUCUUCCAUUGAGCAGAAGGAAGAGAGUCGUGGUAAUGAGGAUCAUGUUAACAUUAUUAAAGAAUACCGUGGUAAGAUUGAGGCAGAACUAAGUAAGAUAUGUGAUGGGAUUUUGGGGCUCCUUGAGACCCAUCUCAUUCCGUCUGCCUCUUCUGCGGAAUCAAAGGUAUUUUACUUGAAGAUGAAGGGUGAUUAUCAUCGGUACUUGGCUGAAUUUAAGACUGGGGCUGAAAGGAAAGAAGCAGCUGAGAACACUCUGCUUGCUUACAAGUCAGCGCAGGAUAUUGCACUUGCAGAGUUGGCUCCUACUCACCCUAUAAGACUGGGACUUGCUCUGAAUUUCUCUGUUUUCUAUUAUGAAAUCCUCAACUCUCCUGAUCGUGCUUGCAACCUUGCAAAGCAGGCUUUCGAUGAAGCUAUUUCUGAGCUAGAUACUCUGGGUGAGGAAUCAUACAAGGACAGCACAUUGAUCAUGCAACUUCUUCGAGACAAUUUGACACUUUGGACAUCUGAUGUAGCGGACGAAGCUGGGGAUGAGAUUAAGGAAACUAUGAAAGGUGAAUCUGGCGAGGGAGGACAACAGUGACGGCAUUGAUUGUGUUGGAUGUAUUCUGAAAUAUGUUUUAGUAUAGAAAUCCUUGUGCCGUAGUAAGACUUGAAUGGUUAUCUUAUGUGUGUGGUACUUGAGGUUUCUACAUAUUGAAAUGUUCUUCAUAUUUUUAUCA